AUGUACUCCAAACAAGAGAAAUAGAAAAAUGAAACAAAUUCAAUUAAAUAGUAAUUAGACGAUUACUUCAUGAAAUCAUAAAAAAUUAAUUAAAAAAACCAACCUCCUUAACUUUCAGAGAUAAGUGAGUUUGAUUCUAGACUUGAUUAAUAUGAUGACUCUUAUUUUGAAUAAAAAAAGAGAAAAAUUCAAAAUUAACAAAUGAAGUACUCAUCAGAAAUAAAGAUGGAAAUUGAUUCAUUCUUAGACUCAUUGGAAAGCGUUUCAUUAUUUAGUAUCAAUGAAACCAAAUAAAUUGAAGAAAAUUUUCCUCCUGCUAAGUAUAUGUCAGGAGGCCUUGUCAGUAAAACUAUAAACGAUAAACUGAAAAUGAAAUAAUAAUUUCUGCCAUAUGUAUAACAUUCAGCAAGAAGAGCAUUAAACCAGGUUUUAGAUUAUUAACAAGAACAAUAGAUUAAGAAGGAAUUGAUUACCAAUAAAAAAGAUUUAGAAUAAGUCUCUGCCUUAAUAUAAAAAGCUCAAAUCAAUAUAUUUCCAAAUUAAAUGAAGGACCCAAUAUUAAUAGAAUCUUUUUCUGAGAUCAAAGAGCAGGACUCAGACUCGGGGAUAUUUUAAUCUGACUCUAUUUCUAAUGAUUAUUAGGGAAUUUUAUAAAUCAUUGAUAAUAAAUGCAAAAAACAUGAUAGACUCUGA